UCAGUUUACAAGCUGAUAUUAAAAUAGAGGAGUUCCUUUCCGCAGUCUUCAGUCUUUUAAAACAACAGACGACACUUUAUACUUCACAAUACCAAUAUGCUUGCGGUUAUAAUGACUCUUAUAGAUACAGACUAGAGGUGUUUUGUAACAACUGCUAGGUCAUAUCUCUGUUGCAAACUGGACGGCAUUUUACUAACAUCUUGGAUGUUACAAAUCAUAAUUUCUCCUGUAUUUACCACACACUCAAUCUAUUUACCUAAGAAGUUCAUGUAGGCAUACACGUGGGUUUACUUACUGCUCUGGAAGUAACAUGGCUACCAAUUGGUCUUCUUACGACAAUUUCAGUUGGUUGUGCUUGAUAUGUUGGACAGCGGUCAGUUUAACUGUAACACUCAACAUAGUCUGUCUAGCACAAUGGAAUUCCGUCUUUGCAAGAAGUUCACUAAGCGCUGCCGGAGCUCGGUCUCGUGCCGGAGUAAGCAGACCAGCAAGCGACCGAGAGAAAAACAAUCUUCGGCAACGUAUAACACAAAACGACGUUCGAGUGGCUGACCAGAGGGCCAGGGAAGUUUUAGCCAGGAAGAACCAAGAAGAUCGUUUCUUCUUUAACCUAGGGGUCGAUCGUGUCCGCAAAAACACAGCGAUAUUUAUGCAUAAUAUAUUCAUUUCCAAAGCUCCUAAAGUUACAGAUGGCUUAAGAAACAGCGGGGUUCUGUCAAUUACUGCCACCAAAGAAUUGUCGAAAAGGCUUGGUCUUACCAAAAAGGAGUUGAGCAUACUUCCAGAACUAAGUGAUGUUCCACAGCCUGAAUUUCGCUGUCCAUUCCGUACUCCCCGAUGUAGUCCUAACUCUAAAUUCAGAGAGGCUGAUGGUUCUUGCAACAAUCUCCAGAAACCUUUGUGGGGCAAAGCUGGUAUGCCAUUGAAGCGAUUCCUUUCACCGUGGUAUGAUGACGGUGUAUCAUCACCAAGAACUCUGGGAGUGUUUGGCAAUCCCUUACCCAGUGCGCGGUUGGUCAGUACUACAAUUCAUGAAGCAGACUCGGAAAAUACACGAAACCCGUUUGUUUCCCAUAUGGUGAUGCAAUGGGGACAAUUCAUUGACCAUGAUAUUACGAAUACACCUGUAGACACAGGUUUUCAGCAUGCCGACAUAUCUUGCUGUAUUGAUGAUAUUCCUGAUGAUGUCCGAAAACGUUUAGAAGUAGAUCUUAGAAAUAGAGAAUCGUGUUUUCCUAUUCCAAUUCCAUCAAAUGACAGGCAUUUCAAGAAAACUUGUUUAAAUUUUGUCCGUUCUAUGCAAUCACCAAAUUCUAAAUGUAAUUUCGGUUUUCGAGAACAGGUGAACCAGAUUUCGGCUUAUAUUGACGGAGGAGCCGUUUAUGCUUCCACUAAAGAAGAUCAGAAUGAGCUGAGAACGAGAUCUCAAGGUUUGUUGAAAGAAUCUGGAGCGCAUCUUCUCCCUAAGGACUCUCAGCAAAGCUGUGUGUUGACUUCAUCCGACAAUUAUUGUUUCAGAGCAGGAGAUCGACGUGUGAAUGAACAAAUGGGUCUGGCCAGCCUUCAUACUAUAUUUCUGAGAGAACAUAAUAGAAUUGCACGCCAGUUCAAUUCGAUGGGAUUAGGUUGGAAAGACGAGAGAGUUUUCCAAGAAACCAAGCGUAUAAUCUCUGCAAUGAUUCAACACAUCAACUAUCGAGAAUUCCUACCCGCCAUACUUAACAGGCAGUUUAUAAACUUCCUAAACUUGAACGGGCCUCGUCGUGGGUUCCACGAUAUUUAUGAUUCUACAGUCGAUGCUACAAUACGAAAUGGAUUUUCCACGGCGGCUUUUCGGUUUGGCCAUUCAAUGGUUCGUUCUUUCUUCAGCAAGUUAUCAUCAGGCUUCAAUUCAGCUUUCGGCUCACCAACCUUACUCAAAACUAUGUACGGCAAAACUGAGGGAAUUCUUCAGAACCAGCCUGAAUCUGUCGAUGCAUUCGUUCGUGGGUUAGUUUCUGAUUCCGCGCAGAAUGCUGACCGUUUUAUGAGUAAGCAGUUAACAGACCAUCUAUUUGAAGAUACUUUUGGUAAUAGCCUCGAUCUUGCUUCAUUCAACAUUCAACGAGGACGAGAUCAUGGCAUCCCUCCUUACAAUGUUUGGAGACAGUGGUGUGAUUUCUCGACGGCUACGAACUUUGGUACUGGACCAGGUGGUCUUAUAGACCAUUCUUUUGAUUCAGCCAACAAAUUAAAGAGCAUUUACUCACACCCGGAUGAUAUUGAUCUCUUCAGUGGAGGACUGUCAGAGAAUCCAAUACGUGGUGGUAUUGUUGGACCCACCUUUGCCUGUAUCAUUGGACGUCAAUUUCAUCUAAUCAAAGUUGGUGAUCGUUUUUGGUACGAAAGAAAUGACCCAACUGUCGGAUUCACGCUCAAUCAAUUGGAUCAAAUACGACAAACAUCAUUGUCUGCAAUUAUCUGCACCAACACUAACAUUUCGAGAAUACAACCUAAUUCAUUUCUUCUUUCGAAUGGCAACAAUCGUCUUGUAAGCUGCGACUCUUUACCCAAAUUCGAUCUGAGUGCUUGGGGUCAAUGUGAACCAGGAAGAUGGGGAAACUGGAGCCCGUGGAGUGCUUGCGUACGUGGCCGCCAGAGAUCUCAACGUCAGUGCAACAGCGCCCCGCCACCAAAAGGAUGCGGAUGUGAGGGGUCAAAUACUCGUUUCCAGAGAUGUUCUGGUCGAAGAUGCAGAAGAUUAGUGCGUUUCAACAACCGAAGUUUCUGGGUAUGGGGAAGAUGUUAAACAACGAAACCUUCUGAAUUCUAUCACUUUUCUGUUUUGUUUUUGUUUUGUUUUUUAUUAUUUCCUGUUACCUAAUUCUUCAACUUAUAAUUAUUCGGACUGUGAAUUAGUAAAAUCGGUAGAGCGAUGAACAAAAAGCUUUCUGGUAUUUAGUCACUUAAUUAUAUUUUCCAAGUCAAAUCCCAUCGAAUCUGACAAUACCUUCCAUCUUUACGAGGGCGAUGAAAUCCCUACAACUACUCAAGUACUAUGGUCGAUUUCAUCGGCUGAGCUCUCCUUCAUAAUAUAUGACUUCGCGUUAAUUUCAGAAAUUACUAUUAAAAGAUUAUUACUAUUAUAGAAUAUCAUUCUUUUUACUCAUGUACGCUUCCCAAUGGUCAAUAAAAGAAAUCAUCAUCA